AUGAUUACUUUGACCUGCCGACGACGGCGAUGGGUCUCAAGAGCCACCUCCGAAAUCAGAAUCGACCAGAGCGUGUCCAUUGGUCGGAUCGAUGGAGGCGAACCAGUCAAUCUGAACGGAAGCAGGUACUUGGAACGAAGGGACUUGGCCUUGAUUGCUCAAAGCCUUCUCCUUAUCAUGUGGGAAGAGGUGAAGCAACAGCGGAAGAGACGACCAGGUCUCGCACCCGCAGGUGAGCAAUGGAAUGAGGCUGGACGUCUCCAGACACUCAAACACCUACACCACUGGGCCCGCUCCCAAUUGACGGCCAGCUCGAAGUCGGGGUUUAUAAAGGUCCCAGGAUGCCAGGAGACAGUCUGGGGAGUCAUCAGACUUUGGGCGGUGACGGCUGGCACCGGUAACGUUUCUCUGGCGGGCAGAUGCCCCCUGAGUGGCUUGGGUCGGCACACGGGCCAGGUCACCAUCAUGCUCGCAACAAACGGGCGUUUGUGA